AUGGUGCUAAGAAUGGCGAUACUCAUUGACGAUGCCAGCGAAACGUUUGAGAAUGUACCACUUCCACCUUUUAACUUUGCAAAUGAUCAUGCAGACAAUAGACUCCGGACUAGCUUUACUCACUCAACACAUUCCUUAUCACUUCCUUUGAGGAUCCCUUCACGACGAGUGAUGGCUGUGACUGGAUCAAGCUUGACACCUCGAAAUGUGACUCUUUUACGCCAAUUCUGCCGCAAAUUUGGUGCUGUUGAGCACGCCAGGUUUCAGCCCGGGGAGACAACUCACAUUGUAAUGAACGAAGAAUCUGGUGAGUUGUUCCAUUCUUAUACGUAA